AACUUCUUAAUUGAGAAGUAGGCAGGAAAUACAAGUCUGACUCAGAUGGUGUGGUUGUCUCUGAAGAAAUGAAAAGCAACGACCUGAAUGUGAAAGUUACUGAAUCACAAUUGGAAACCGAAGAAAAAGGAACAGAGGAAGAAUCCACAAGGGAAUCUGAUAGCAACAUUUUGGAUGUAUCAUCUGAUUAUCCAAGAGAGAAACAUAUUUCAAUUCAAAGACAUCUUGCUGAUCUAGAGAAACUAGCUGACCUGAAAGAAGGUGAGUUAACCAUGGCUGUAUCCCAGAACACAGAUCUUCAUGUUACAGAUGAAAAGAAGCCUUGUCCAUUGUGUCCUGAGGAGAAAUACAAAGCUUGCUAUAGUCAUAAACUCCAUCGUCACCUUCAGAAUUUGCACUGGAAAGUUUCUGUUGAAUUUGAAGGGUACAGGAUGUGCAUCUGUCACUUACCUUGUCAUCCAGUAAAACCAAACUUCAUUGGAGACCAGACAUUUGCAAAGAUGGGAGCCCAUUACCAUUGUAUCGUCUGUUCAGCAACUAUCACACGAAGAACUGACAUGAUAAGUCAUAUUAACCGUCAUGUGAAUAAAGGAGAAACUGAAUCAAGGUUUAUUAUAGUUCCUGCUCCCAUGUCUUCUCAUGAAGUGCUGAAAGAGUCUGCCACAGAAGUGCGGGUUCUUCCCAACUACUCCACACCUCAAAAAUCAGAUUCCUACUUUAAUCCUAAAAUGAAACUCAACAGGCAAUUGAUAUUCUGCGCGCUAGCUGCUCUAGCUGAGGAACGUAAACCGAUAGAAUGUUUGGAUGCUUUUGGUGCUACCGGUAUAAUGGGAUUACAAUGGGCAAAGCACCUCAGAAGUUCUGUGAAAGUUACAAUUAAUGAUUGUAAUGAAAAUUCUGUGACAAUGAUUCAGGAAAACUGCCAUUUAAACAAAAUGAAGGUGAAACUGAAUGCUAGGGAAGAAGAUAACUAUGAAGCUAUGGGAGAUGGAGAAGAAAAUACUGACACCAUUGAGGUGACAAAAAUGGAUGCCAAUGUUAUAAUGCAUUUGAGAUCAUUUGAUUUUAUCCAUUUGGACCCCUUUGGAACUUCUGUGAAUUAUCUGGAUUCUGCCUUUUGCAAUGUGAGAAAUUUUGGAAUUGUGUCAUUGACAUCUACAGACAUCAGUUCUCUGUAUGCAAAGGCUCAACACGUUGCCCUGCGUCAUUAUGGGUGUAAUAUUGUCAGAACAGAGUACUACAAGGAACUGGCAGCCAGAAUAGUAAUAGCUGCUGUAACAAGAGCUGCAGCUCGCUGUAACAAAGGCAUUGAUGUUUUGCUCUCGGUAGCUCUAGAACAUUUUGUUCUAGUAGUGGUCAGAGUUUUAAGAGGACCAAGCCCUGCGGAUGAUUCGGCAAAGAAAAUAAGAUACCUUAUCCACUGCCAGUGGUGCGAAGAAAGAAUUUUUCAGAAAGAGGGUAAUAUGGUAGAAGAAAACCCUUAUCAGCAGCUGCCCUGCGACUGUCAUGGCAGUAUGCCUGGGAAGACAGCAGUAGUUCUUGGUCCUCUCUGGUCAGGAGCCCUCUUCAACACUGGAUUCCUCAGGAGAAUGUUUUUUGAGGCUGCCCAUUAUGGUUUGGAUGAAGCUCAGUCACUUUUGAAGACAUUAGUUUGUGAAGCUGAGUGCACAACUUUAAAACCUUACUCUAUCUAUAGUUCUUAUGAUGAGAACAAACAAGAAGAGUGUGGCGUAUAUAUUAAAACACCAAAUACUUCUGCAGAAUCUCUCUUGAUACACGGAAAAAGAAAAAGUGAAGAAGUUGUUCAAAAUGCAGGCAAGCGACAGAAAUCUGAGAACAGUGCUGAGCACCCUGCAUUUUACUACAAUAUCCACAGACACAGCAUUAAAGGAAUGAACAUGCCAAAGUUGAAUAAGUUCUUAAGCUAUCUCUGCGAAGCUGGAUACAGAGUAAGCAGAACCCACUUUGACCCUAUGGGAGUUCGCACGAAUGCGCCCUUGGCACAAUUUAAGACUAUCCUGAUGAAGUACAGUGCUCCCACCUAUACGGGGGGGCAGUCGGAAGGCCCUCUCCACCUAGCUGAAGGUGUCCAGGCAGGAGAACAGGUUGAAGCUGCUGCAGACAGCAAGGUGGAAGAUGAUACUGAGUCUGUGGAGUACGAUAAAUCCGAAGUCGCUGCCACCACGUUGGCAAAAGCCUGCCCAACUUACUGUGCAGCCGACUAACUUGCGGCCCUUGGCUUAUAGAUCAGGAUAUUGCAGACUCGCAAGCACACCCUGUUCAAGUAAGCCAGUACUUCUUACCAAACUGGAUUUUGAAAAUUUGGGUUACCUGCUACUUUAAUUUGGAAAGAUGUUUUAGAAUUACGUAGCAGAACUUACCCCUGAUCAGAGCAUGUGUGGUCAAGGUACUGUUACUCCGAGAUGGCCUCAGACUUGCUUUUAUGCUCACACCCCCCUUCCCACAGAGGUACUGUGGCUGUUCCCGACUCUGUGGAAGCCUCACCUGUAGCGCAGAAUCCAGAAGGGUGGAUGGGGCCAAAAGUCUUAAGCAGUUCUGAACAGGAGGUUAAUACAAACCAGAAUAUUCCUGAAAUGACCCAUUCCUAAAACCUGACUAGUUACAAGCCAGAGGGAAGUCAUGUUAAGAUGAUGAUCUGAGUUUAAGCAAGCCUGGCUCUGUGCACUUCUAACUCCAGACUGCAUGUGUCAUUUGGCAUUCGGUUCUGUUUUCAUAGUUCUGCCUACAAGCAAGGACCUAACAGCAGUGAGAAAUGGAAAGAAAAAGGAAAGAGACUAUUACUGGAACUCCAGUUUAUAACCAACCUUUAGUGAAUUGUAUUAGUCACCCCAGGUAGUUGUUUGUUCAGAGAUUACAGUUGGCUGUGUACUGCAAAAAGGUACAGGGACAAGGCAGCUUACCACAAGCUAAAGUUCAAGGUGAAGUUUUGCUAUGAAUUUGUCAAUAAUACAACCUUAGCUGUUAGAAAGAUCUCUUCUGUGAGCAAGCAGAAAUGCUGCGUGUUGGUACUCUGUUCUGGUUUUCUGAAAUACAUGGCAGCAUUCCAGCCAAAGAAGCUUGACUUUGUCCUUUCUUUCCCCCAAACAUUGUUCAGAUACCUCCCUCCAUAUAGAGCACAUGAAUUGGGAACAGCUCUCACAACUGAACUAGUUCCAGUUUUUCACAGGUUUGGUGUUCAGCCUGGCCAGCUGGGGUUAUCUAAGAGCAGAAUACAGUAGUAUUCUUAUUUAUCCAUCUCUGAAAUUGCACAUGAGUACUGGUUCUCUCUCACUGAACGCCAACCCAGAGUAAUGUGACUGACACACUCCUGAUCAUGCAAAACUUCCUCAGCUCCUGGCAGGCCAGAAUUAAGUUACUGCCUCUUACACCAUCUUAAAUUUAAGGCUGUUUUGGUGAUGAGUUAUUUUCAACAUGUACUAAUUAAACAAAAGAGGACACCACUAAAGGGAUAAUAGAUUGCAUUGCAGCAGCAAUACAGCAACAAACGUUUCCUUCAAAAAUUUAGUGCCUGUAUUUCUUUUCCGAAGAUAACUUGGAAUCAAACUGGAAAGACAGAUGCAAAGAGAAAGAAAAAUUAGCAUUCCCUAGUUGUUCUGAACUAAGUAUGUAUUUUUUUUAAGUGGAGAGACUGGUGGAAGACUUUGCUUGUAGGUAAGGCACUGCUCACUUCAGUGUUAAUAUAAGUGAGAUAGAACCAGUCGGUUAACUGGAGCAAAAGAGAGCGUUCCAAUUAAAAUACAGUAGGCUAAAAAGAAAGCUUAACUGAAGCCUGUUGUGGGAAAUAUUUUUUAUUACUUUUACAGCUUCUCACUAACAAAGUAUUGUGUAGCUUUUCCAAGUCAAAGUAACUCUUCUUUAGUGUUUGCAGCUGUGCACAAGGAGGGGCAGAGCAAGUGGAGUUCAGGCCUGUCCCUACAGUUGAGGCUUUUUUCCUGUGUCUGAUGGGCAGAAGUGACUAUAAUCUGGGCCAAAGUGUUUUGCCUGUUGUAAGGGACUAGCAGAAGGGCUGUUUGUGACUCAGGCCUACAAGAAUUCUCUUUUCAAGUGUUGUCUCAGCUGUUCAUCAGGUAGGGUCAGUCCCACACUAAUUAGUAAAUAGAAAACUGGUGCUGGUUCAGGGCUGUUGUUGGGGGGCUGCUUCUUAUUCCUUGACUCAGUGGGAAGGCAGGAGUUGUCCACUGUCCUCAUGGUGCAGGGAAGCGGGGUUUGGCUGUGCCUCUGGCCCUGAGGGUAUGCUCAAUGCACAGCAGCAGCACCCCAAGUUAUGGAUAAUCCAUAUUGCUGCGGCCAGUUACGGCAGUAGGAAACAGAGUGGUAAAUGAGUUGAGAAUGCAGGUGUGGCUGGCAAGGUUGCUGCUGCAUGUUAAGUUCUUAGGGCUUGUUAAGAUCUUCUGUUCAGCUGUGAUUCAAGGAGCUUAAAGCUUCUUUAAGGGAGUUAAAGCUGUUCAAAGAAGGCUCCGAGAACCAGGGGCAGCCCAGCAAGCAGCAGCAUAGUCAUGAAGGGACCUUCCCCAGUCAGAGAGAGUAGUCACUACAUCUCCAGAAACCCUGCUCUUAGCCUACACAAGCAUUCCCUCUUAAUUCCAGGUGCAUCUUGAUGGUUAAAAGUUGUAGUAACUGUUGAGAUAAAAGCAGGAAAGGAAUGUAACCUUUUUUUUUAAUAAUAUACCUCAAGAGCUUCGUUACACUUACCCUACACUGUUUUCUGUUGGAGCUGCUUAAUACACAGUUGAAUACAACUACAGUUUCUGGGUUUAACAUGAGUGUUGUGAAAACCUUCACCCUGUUUCUGGGGCACCAGGACUCAGUUAGCACAGCAGCACUCAAGUAGGGCUCUGCCAGAGCUGCUCUGUAUCUUCUGCCUGCCCCUGAGCUGGUUUCAAAGG